AGACUGGUCGUGCUGCCGUUACAUUUACCGCUCAGCCGAAUCUGGGCACACUGCAUUGUUGUUGCUCGACGAAGAAAUACUAUUAGUAUAUUAUUUUUCGUUCAUCCUGUAAGUUUAAGUGGACGAGACGAGCGGCGACCUACUCGACCCCAACCCGAAAUUCAGAAGUGUAUUGCUUUGGCCGAGAACAGUUUGUCAGGGAACUUCACUUUAUAAACGCUCCGAAGCGACAAAAGUAGCAUUUCUCAAUACGAAUUAAAAUCGAAAUCCUACGCCAAAUUCAUAUUCAAAUAGAAAUUGAAAUAGAAAACCCAUAAGCCGAAGUUAACGAGACGAGCCAACAACAAUUCGAUUCGGCGGUUUUUUGUUUUUUGCCAGUGUGUGUUUGUGUUACGCUGUGAGUGUGCAUUACGUGCAUUAGUGUGUGUGGCGGCCGGUGCUCCUGUUGUUGUUCUUGCUGCUGUCGUUGUCGCCUAUUGUUGUUCUUGCUGUUGUUGUUGUUGCUCGCAAGGCACAAAAACAGAAGCACACACGGAAACACACAACACGCAGGUCGCUCACACAAGCAUAUAUGUGACAACAAACGCCAGCGAAAAAACAGAAAUCUGAGAGCAAAGGAAAUAAAAAACAAUUGAGAAAUUCAAGCAGCUGAAGCAGCAACAUGAACAUAGUCAAUCAGAUCAGCAAUGCAUUCUGGAGUACGCACAUCUGGCUGCCACCGAACACAACCUGGGCGGACAUUGCGCCCGGCUCGCGACCAGAUGUGGUACACGCCAAUUACAAGGACCUCAUCUGGCCCAUUCCAUUCGCCGCUGUCGUCAUGCUGGCUCGCUACACGCUGGAGCGUUUCUGGAUAUCGCCCGUAGGCAAAUCACUGGGCAUACGUAGUUCUAGACCUAAGAAAGCGGCAAAUGUUCCUAUUUUGGAGGCGGCCUAUGCCAAAUCGACUCGAUUGAACCAAAAAUGGCUGGCUCCGCUGUCCAAGCAGACGGAUAUGAGCAAGCGCCAAAUCGACCGCUGGUGGCGUCUACGAAGGGCCCAGGAUAAGCCGUCGACACUGGUUAAGUUCUGCGAGAACACCUGGCGCUGCAUCUACUAUCUGUACAGCUUCAUCUUUGGCGUGAUCGUGCUAUGGGACAAGCCGUGGUUCUGGGAUGUGAAGAGCUGCUGGUACGGCUACCCGCAUCAGUCGAUCAGCAAUGAUAUCUGGUGGUACUACAUGAUUUCGAUGUCAUUCUACUGGUCACUCACUGGCACCCAGUUCUUCGAUGUGAAACGCAAGGACUUCUGGCAGAUGUUCAUCCAUCACAUGGUCACCCUGCUGCUGAUGUCACUCAGCUGGGUGUGCAAUUUGCAUCGCAUCGGUUCGCUCGUCCUGGUCGUUCACGAUUGUGCGGACAUCUUUUUGGAGGCCGCCAAGCUCACCAAAUAUGCCAAGUAUCAGAAGCUGUGCGAUGCGAUCUUUGCCAUCUUCACAGUGGUCUGGAUUGUGACCCGUCUGGGCUUCUAUCCACGCAUCAUUUACAGCUCAUCUGUGGAAGCACCGCGCAUUCUGCCCAUGUUCCCAGCCUACUACAUCUUCAACUCAUUGCUUCUGAUGCUGCUCGUCCUACACGUGAUCUGGACAUACAUGAUCCUCAAGAUCGUUGUCGACUCUCUGCAGAAGGGUCUGAUGUCCGGUGACAUACGUUCCAGUGAUAGUGAGGAUCUCACAGACAGUUCGGAGAAUGCACGUCUGGCCAAUGGCUCGGCGCGCACCAAGAACAAGCCUUCGGUUGCAAAAUCUGACGGAGGAGCAGGAGCAGGUGCUGGCGCUGUUACCCAGCGCAAGACCAACAAUGCCAACAACCACACGACCGAGGCGGCAGGAGGAGGCGCGACAACGGCAGCCAAGUUGGAUGGGAUGCAGGUGACUGGUAGCGAAUCCAGCGAGGAGUAGCCGGUGGACACCUUCAGCUGAGACACCAAUACCACUGCUAGUGGGCACACUUCCCGAGGAGCAGGCGCAACAACAACAGCAAACAAACAAAAUCCACUUACACCCCAAACACACACCACACCCCCAAGCACACACCCCCAAGC